AUGCGUGGGGUGUUUCGUUUUGGUACUCGUAGAAAAUUAAGUCCUCAUUUCAUUGGCCCUUAUGAAAUUUUGGAACGGGUAGGUAAGCUGGCCUAUCAGUUAGCUCUCCCCAACUCUUUGGAGAAAGUUCAUCAUGUGUUCCAUGUGUCCCAGCUAAAAAGAUACCUUGUUGCAGCAUCGCUUGUUUUGGAUCCUGACACCGUAGAGCUUGAUCAGACUUUAUCUUAUAUGGAACAACCUGUUUGCAUCCUAGAUACAAAAGUCCGUAGUACUCGCAGAAAGGAUAUCACAAUGGUGAAAGUAUUAUGGGCAAAUCAUGAGUGCGAGGCGGCUACUUGGGAAACCGAAACCUUCAUGCGAGAAAAAUAUCCACAUCUUUUCCAGGUUAGCAAAGUUACGGGGAUGUAA